CACCGGGCGUCAUGUAUUACAAGUUUAGUGGCUUCACGCAGAAGUUGACUGGAACAUGGGCUUCUGACGCCUAUAGCCCGCAGGGAUUAAGGCCUGUGGUUUCCACAGAAGCACCGCCUAUCAUAUUUGCCAGACCAACUAAACUGAGUUCUGAUUUUGCUGUAUAUGAUUAUGCUGGGAAAAACAAAGUUCCUGAGCUACAGAAGUUUUUCCAGAAAUCCGACGGUGUGCCUAUCCACCUGAAACGAGGCCUGCCUGACCAAAUGCUUUACCGGACCACCAUGGCGCUGACGCUGGGGGGGAACAUCUACUGCCUAAUUGCUCUCUACACGGCUUCGCGGCCCAGAAACAAAUGAAUUAGGCUGCAGAGGACUGGUUUGCUUUUUGGCAUAAACCCUUUGAAUUUUCAUUUUUCACUGCUCUGUAAACAUUUUUCUUUUUUACUUGAAUGGUUUACUUAAGUUUUCCCAGAGAAAUAGGAAGAUACUAAGGCACUAUUUUGGUUUGUUUAUGAAAUGCACAUGGUCCA